GUCAAAUGGGAUUGGGGAGGUUGAAACCGAAAACUUGAUCCUAACCGAUGUCCACUUUGUUCCAGAACUGAAAAGAAAUUUGCUAUCAGUAAAUAGACUGACCAGCAAACAAGGAGCAGCGCAUUUCUAUGACAAAGGAGUGAAACUGCUUACAGAACAAAUGAACAUUGAUCCAAGAAAUGUACUAUUGGAAGAAAUCAAGACGGAUCUAUGACUAUUCGUCCCCGACUGAUUUGUCCCCACGCUAUUUUGUCCCCAGCUGUUUUGUCCUCACACAUUUCGUCCCUAUUUAUUUGUCCCCGGCGAAAUUUCGUCCCCGGUUCCAACCCCGCAUUUCUUGUCCUCACUUGUCCGCACUCGUCCCCACCCGCAAUGGGAGAGGGGGUAUGCACGCCGAAAAAAUUGGCUAUACUCCCGGCUGCGCGGGCUAUACUCCCGGCUGCGCGGGCUGCACUUGCCUUCAACAAUGGGACUCGGUCUCCGAAGCUUUCCUUAGAAACAAGUUCGGCCACAAACAAUUUUCAAAAUUCAAAAUUAUGAGUGACGAAGAGCAGGGGGACCUUUUGGAUAGUGAGAGGGGGGGUUUCAUUCUCAACCACAAGGGCUACUUGUACUCGCGCCACAGUGAAAAUGCAGAUGGCAGUCGCACAUACUGGAUGUGCCGCAGAAGACCAGCGUGCAAGAAGAGGGCAAUCACUGCAACACCGCGGGGCGCGGACAGCACCGUCACGGUAUUCAAGAGUGUCGACCAUCCGAGCCACCCCCCCCGACCCGUCCGAGGCACAGGCACUGCAAGCGUACAUGCGGAUGAAGCGAGUCGCGGACGAACAUCCCGAGGCCCCCCCUGCCCAAAUACUACGUACACACAUGCCUGACGUGAGUGAAGUGAAUUAAGUGAAACCGUGACGUCAAGUUCGUGGAUUUCCAGUGCAGAUAGUUCGUAAUGAGGUCUCCUCCACCCAGGUCCCCAGCGAGGCCAUUAUCCAUCUACCUGAACGUGCUGCCAUGAAGCGGACCUUUAACCGCCGCCGUCAACAUGGCCUGCCGACGAACCCGAAAAGUCUAGAAGAGUUGGGGGACAUUCCGGACGAGUUCAGGUUGACUCUGGCGCGAAAGCAAUUCAUGUGCUUCCACUCCUUCCAGGAAGAUGAGGAAGGGAAGCGUAUCAUUGUGUUUGCUUCAAAAUCUUCCCUCAAAAAGUUGUCCAGAGCAAAAAUUUGGCAAGCAGAUGGAACUUUUGACACGGCGCCGGAUAUUUUCACUCAAAUUCUGACCAUCCAUGGCGAGUACAGGGGCGAGACCUUACCUUUGGCUUACGCUUUGCUACCGGACAAGCUGGAGUCUUCCUACAGGCGCGCCUUGCUCGCCAUCCUGGAUACCAUUGAGGACUUCAGCCUGCCAGCACCGCACCCGACUACAUUCAUCAGUGACCUGGAGAUAGGCCUGAACAACGCCAUCACAUCCCUCUUCCCCAACGCACAGCUCAGGCUGUGCCUGUUUCACCUGCGGCAGGCAGCAUUUCGCAAGGUGCAGUCGCUGGGACUCCAGGCUGCGUACCGAGACGAGGAGGACUCCUCAGUGCGUGACAGCUUCCGGGAGAUGGUCGGCCUGGCGCUCGUGCCCCCCGAGGACGUCGAGGAAUGCUUCACGGAGGCGAAGAACAACUUGCCCCCCGCAAUGCACGCCUUCGGGGAGUGCUUUGAAACAACGUACGUCAAGGGCCGAGUCCCGCGAGGCCGACGGAGGGCAGCCCCGCCGCGGUACACCCCCGCCCUCUGGAACCAGCACCUCGCCGCCUUGAACAACGAGCCUCGCACGAACAACGCGACUGAAGCGUGGCACAACAGAUUCCAGGUCAUGGUGGGGGAGAGCCACCCCACGCUCUUCCACCUGAUCGAGGAGUUCAAGAAGGAGGAGGCGGACUCGACGGUCAUGAUGGCGGAGCUGGACGCAGGGAAGAAGAUCCGGCAGCCCCAGCGCGCCAAGUACCAGCGCAUCAACCAGCGACUGCAGCGCCUGGCCGAGUCCUAUGGGCAGUUCAAGGAGGAGGGCCGAGUCCUGGAGUAUCUCCGCGCCUGCGGCCACAAUGUUGGCCACUAA